GCCUCAAACAGAGGGGUCUAAUGGUGAUCAGCUACAGCUGCUCGGCAGGCAGCAAGAUGACAUGGAUCCUGUCCUUGCUGUUCAUACUGGCAGCGGCGACACAAGUUCAUGGCGUGUCUCUUCCUGGGUUUCUAAGCAUCGACUGCGGAUGGACAAAUGGUACAAGCUAUGAUGACAACAAGAACACAACUUUGACAUAUGUUUCUGACAAGGAGUUUGUUGAGGGCGGCAAGAGCUACAAUAUUAUGGCACAGUACAUAGAAGGUGCUACAAAUGAGCAAGAAAAAACCUUGAGAAGUUUCCCUGACGGCCAGCGGAACUGCUAUACAUUGCCAACCAGCAUUGAUAAGAAGUAUCUCAUCAGAGCCACCUUCACCUAUGGAAACUACGAUGGGCUCAACUCGUCAGAGAAUGGUUCUCUGUUUCUCUUUGGACUCCAUAUCGGCGUCAACUUCUGGACCAUGGUGAACUUGACAAAGUGGGGUUCAUCAAACACGAUCUGGAAGGAGGUGAUCACGAUCGCUUCGGACACCAACACAUCCGUGUGUCUGAUAAACCUGGGAUCAGGAACACCCUUCAUAUCUACAUUGGACUUGAGGAAACUGGACGAUGCAAUGUUCAGAUUUCUGAACCGUUCUAUUUCGCUCAGCUACUUUACUCGAAAAAGAUUUGGGUCGGUCGAUGAUCUCAUCACAAGAUAUCCACAUGAUUCCGUCGAUCGCUUCUGGGAGGCAGCCAAACGGUACUCCUUCCCCUGGCUCAACCUGACCACAGCACAAAAGGUGAACAGGCUUCCUGGAAACGACGACUUCCAGGUGCCGUCGGAAAUCCUCCAGAAGGCCUCCACCAUAAACAGAAACUUCUCAUGGCUCAACAUAAGCGUGAGGGCCAGUGACAACAUCGACUAUAGAAGCCUGGAGCUGCUACCAAUCUUCCACUUCGCCGAGAUAGAUGGCAACAGCCCGAACCGGACGUUUGAUAUCUACGACGACGAUAACCUGCUGUUCUCCAACUACACACCACCCCCGUUCCGGGUGGAUAGCACAUAUAAUAGUAGCCGGUUCUUGCGCAAGAAGGGCGUCUUGUUUACCCUGCGCAAGACGGCCAGCUCGGAUCUGCCGCCGCUCAUCAACGCGUACGAGGUGUACUCCCUUGUUCGUAUGGAGAACUCCACCACUUCUUCGGAUGACGUCAAUCACAUGAAAGACAUCAAGAAGUACUAUAGUUUAGCAAGAAACUGGAAUGGAGAUCCAUGCUCCCCAAGAGAGUAUUCCUGGCAAGGUCUGUCUUGCAACUAUGCUAAUGGGAACAAAAUUCCAAGUAUCAUCAGUGUUGAUCUGUCUGCCAGUGGAUUAAUAGGUACAUUGCAUGAUUCAUUCAUGAAAAUGACAUCACUGGAGAAGUUGGAUUUAUCACAAAACAAUUUGACGGGCGGUAUUCCAGACUAUCAGCUCAACUCACUCAGAGUACUUGACUUGUCAAAUAACCAGCUUGAUGGACCAAUAUCGGAUUCUGUUCUUCAAAGAUUUAAGGCCGGUCAGCUUGAAUUAAGACUAGAAGGCAAUCCCAUAUGCUCAAUAGUUAAAGAGAAGUACUGCUCAAACAAAAAGAACAGAACACCUAUCGUGCUCAUCGCAGUGCUAGUUCCGGUGGUAUUCAUCCUACUCGUAGUAUUGGUGUGUAUCCUCUGGCGGUUGUGCUGGAAAGGAAAAUCAGGAGAACAAGAAGAUUAUUCGCUAUAUGAAGAGGAAACUCCACUACAUAUCGAUAUCAGGCGGUUCACAUAUGCAGAGCUGAAGCUCAUAACUAACAAUUUCCAAACAAUCAUUGGAAAAGGAGGUUUUGGCACUGUUUAUCAUGGCAUACUGGAAAAUAAUGAUGAAGUAGCCGUUAAGGUGCUUGUGGAGACAUCUAUAGCAGAGUCAAAAGACUUUCUCCCUGAGGUACAAACCUUGUCAAAAGUUCAUCAUAAGAAUCUCGUUGCUUUGGUAGGAUAUUGCCAAAACAAGAAGUGCCUUGCACUUGUUUAUGAUUUCAUGCCUAGAGGAAAUCUUCAGCAGCUUUUAAGAGGAGGAUAUGACAACAGUUUGAAUUGGGAAGAGCGACUUCACAUUGCACUUGAUGCUGCACAAGGACUGGAGUACCUACAUGGAUCAUGCACCCCAUCAAUAGUUCACAGAGAUGUGAAGACACCCAACAUCCUUCUGGACAAGAAUUUGGUGGCCAAGAUAUCUGAUUUUGGACUUUCACGGGCUUUUAAUGCCGCUUACACGCAUAUAUCUACAGUUGCUGCUGGUACUCUUGGCUACCUUGACCCUGAGUACCAUGCUACUUUUCAGCUUACCGUUAAGACAGACGUUUACAGUUUCGGAAUUGUCCUAUUGGAGAUUGUCACUGGUCAACCCCCAGUAUUCAUGGACCCUCAAACCAUCCACCUGCCAAACUGGGUGCGGCAAAAGAUCGCUAAGGGAAGCAUUCACGAUGUGGUGGACAAGAAGCUGUUGGAUCAGUACGAUGCCACUCACCUACAGACUGUGAUAGACCUAGCCAUGAAUUGCCUUGAAAACGCAUCAAUUGACAGGCCAAGUAUGACCGAGGUUGUUUCCGUGCUUAAGCUAUGCUUGCCGAUUUCAAGCGAGAGACAAUCGGCGACUUCAACCCCUCGAAAGAAAAACGUCAUGGAUGCGGAGAUUCCAAGGCAAUUCCAGUUAAUGAUUUCUGGAGGUUCCACAACAAGCUACGAGGGCAGCUCCUUUCAGUCCGGCUACACCGGUGGGGUGUCAGAAAUAAGCCACAUUUCUGGACGGUAAAAGGAAAUGCUAUUUGUACAUUUGCUUGGUCCAUGUCGUUUGACAGUGGAUGUGUGUAUUUUGGAUUUAAACAUUUUUUUGUCGAAGCCAUUUGGGACACUAGACCAGUCUAAGUCUCAAAGCGGCGUGCCUUCGGUAACAAGUAAUCUGAAGAGCAACAUGUAUAUCUCAUUUUAUUUUCCAAAUAAGAAGGGGGAAGCACUCGUGCUUUUCUAUAUAAACCUCCUAUACCUAUGUUUGCGGCUAAAAAUUAAGUCUGCCUUUCAACUACACAUGUAAUUUCCCUUUUA